AUGGCUCUGGCCCGCGCCGGCUGGCGGCUGGGGGCCCUGGUGUGGGGCGCCUGCCUGUGCGUCCUGGUGCGCGGGCAGCAGGCGCAGCCCGGGCAGGGUUCGGACCCAGGCCGCUGGAGGCAGCUGAUCCAGUGGGAGAACAACGGGCAGGUGUACAGCCUGCUCAACUCCGGCUCGGAGUAUGUGCCAGCUGGGCCUCUGCGCUCCGAGGGGGGGCCGCAGCCCCAGCCCCCCUUCCGUGUGCUGGAGCCCCCCUACCUGCCCGUGCGCAGCUCCGACGCGCCCCCGCCGGGCGGGGAGCGGAACGGCGCGCAGGGCCGCCUCAGCGUGGGCAGCGUGUACCGACCCUCCCAGAGCGGCCGCGGCCUCCCCGACCUGGUCCCGGACCCCAACUACGUGCAAGCGUCCACCUACGUGCAGCGGGCCCAUCUGUACUCCCUGCGCUGUGCUGCGGAGGAGAAGUGUCUGGCCAGCACAGCCUACGCCCCGGAGGCCACCGACUACGACGUGCGGGUGCUGCUGCGGUUCCCCCAGCGUGUGAAGAACCAGGGCACGGCAGACUUCCUCCCCAACCGGCCACGCCACACCUGGGAAUGGCACAGCUGCCACCAACAUUACCACAGCAUGGACGAAUUCAGCCACUACGACCUCCUGGACGCAGCCACAGGCAAGAAGGUGGCCGAGGGCCACAAGGCCAGCUUCUGCCUGGAGGAUAGCACCUGUGACUUCGGCAACCUCAAGCGCUACGCGUGCACCUCGCACACGCAGGGCCUGAGCCCCGGCUGCUACGACACCUACAACGCGGACAUUGACUGCCAGUGGAUCGACAUAACCGAUGUGCAGCCUGGGAACUACAUCCUCAAGGUGCACGUGAACCCCAAGUACAUCGUGAUGGAGUCCGACUUCACCAACAAUGUGGUCCGGUGCAGCAUCCACUACACCGGCCGCUAUGUCUCCACCACAAACUGCAAGAUCGUCCAGUCCUGAUCUCAAGAGGGACAGAUGCCACCCGUGCCCUCCAGAGCAGGCCCGCUGCCCAGACAGCCUGCCCCCAAGGCCAGCCCCCAGCCACAGGCCAGGGCGGCUGAACGCCAGGCACCCUCCCUGCCGGCCUCAGGGAGCGAACGUGGACCGAAACCACAGGGAUUCCGGAUGCCGGCCCGUUUUGUACUUAGCUUCUCUCUGCAGUGUUCGUGGGCUGUUGGUUUUGUUUUCACGUUGGGGCCGUACCACAGAGCAGACUGCUCAGGUCCGGGCUGAAUAAAACAAGGGUUUUCUAC